AAACAAACCAAGUGGCCACCAGUCGCCGAGGGAUCCUGGGUUCGAGUUUACUUGAGAUAAUCAGGGGAUUAUUAAGUGGUUGAGGUUCACUUAGACACCAGGAUUAGUGGGUAACAAAUGGUAAAUGGGAUCAGGGAGUUCCCAUCCAAUUACCCUUUUUAGUAUUAAAACAACCCACUAAUAGAAUUACUAGAGAGCAGGGGAUUAAGCCGGCCGUUUGGCUUAUUUGGAUUGGAUGUUUGUCCUGAUUGCCACUAUACCGUUUGUUGUAACAGCCCUCUGAUAAGACCGUGAUAUGGUAUUAUGAAAGUUGGUUGUCGGAUAAUAAGUUCACUGAUGUUGAUGAGAUGGUAUCAUGGGUGUUGGUCAGAUGCGCUUUUUUGAUUCAAAUAUGAAAGACUUUAAUCAAUACUACCAAGCAAACGAGAUGUACUGCUGAAAAGAAUGGUAGAUUGAGACAGGGAGUUUGUGUGCACCCCAAGAUCUUAAGUUCGGAAAACGAUGGUAAAUGCAAAACGAGGUUGUAUGGUGCCAUUGAUGCUUUGAAAUUGGCUUCCUAUAAAAUCUAAAGUGGAGGCGUUUAGUUGGUUAUAUGAAAACAAUUCAGCAGGACAUCACAGGAAAUGCAUGGUACUUUUAUCGACUGGCUUGUGGAGGACAAAAUAUGGAGGUGGGUCAUAUGAUUUUGCUGACUUUGAUCAAACAUUUCUCUUCCCUUCGGAUGUCCCAGCAACAGCAGUUGAUCAGUCCACAUCAUCCUUUGUUCCCCAAGAUCAUGAAAGACAGAGUUCAGUACCUGCAGGAAUGAGACCUCUUCCAACGCUAAAUAUCUUUCCAUCACAGCCAAUGCACGGCAGAGAUCCUUCUUCUACUUCCACAGCGAAGGUAAGUGCUACUACUAUACUUUCUCCAUCAAGUAGUGCUUCCAGGAGAUCGUUGGAAUUGUCGGACAGCGACAUUAUCUCCAACCUCAAAACUGUUGCCCCCCGUACACUGGCUGAAUCCUCGAAAGCUAUCAAGCGCGAGGGAAACAAGAAAGGGCUUAGUUUUAGUUCAGGGCAGGAUCAACAGAAGAAAUCAGAUUCAAAGACACUCAGGAGGCUUGCUCAAAAUCGAGAGGCAGCUAGGAAAAGUAGGCUGAGGAGAAAGGCUUAUGUUCAGCAGCUAGAGUCUAGCAAAAUGAAGCUUACUCAAUUGGAACAAGAGCUACAAAAGGCUAAAGCUCAGGGUGUUUAUAUGGGUGGUGUUGAUGGAAUUCUUGGAACUGACCAAGGCGUUCCCCUUGGUGUGGGACAUGUAAGCUCAGAAGCGGCAGCUUUUAGCAUGGAAUAUGCAAAGUGGCUAGAGGAUCAUAGGCAUCGCGUGGGCAGGCUUCAAGCAGCUGUUGAACAGCAGUUUUCCGAGAAUGAGAUCCAGUUCUGUGUUGACAACAUCAUGGCGCAUUUUGAUGAUUUCAUGCACCGCAAGAGCAUGAUUGUGAGAGCUGAUGUUUUUUACAUUAUUUCUGGUAUGUGGAAGACUCCUGCUGAGCGUUGUUUUCUGUGGAUUGGAGGCUUCCGUCCUUCUGAGCUCAUCAAGAUCAUUGCUGCUCAGAUCAAGCCUUUGACAGAACAACAGAUCUUAGGAAUUAUUCAGUUACGUAAUGUAAUGUUUGAGGCAGAAAAAAAUCUUUCUCAACGACUCCAACAGCUGAACCAAUCUUUGUCCGAAGUCAUUGUUUCUGAGAGUUUAAAAUCCCCCAAUGACAUUGUCAACUACAUGGGUCAGAUGGCAGCAGGCAUCAACAAGAUAUCAGAGUAUGUCGAUAUUGUUAACCAGGCGGAUCAUCUGCGGCUUCAGGCAAUUCACCAUGUCCAUGGUCUGAUGACUACCCAUCAAGCAUCAAGGAGUCUAAUGGCAAUAAGUGAAUACUUUCAUCGCCUUCGCUAUCUCAGUAGUCUUUGGGAAUCUCGUCAGCAGCAGUCUUAGGCGAAAUAGCACCCAAAUAUCAUAUCAUAUAAUAAUAAACCUCAACUUGCUUUAACCUUUCUUUUCUUUUUAAAGUACUUGUGACUUUGUCUUCUCUUUCCAUCCUCCGCUGUGGAGACUUGACUCCAGUAGUAUGGAAAGUAGAUUUUUAAAUAUUUAUCUAAGAUUGAAGACAUUCUUAUGACUUAAUUGCUUAUUCCUUCCUUAAAUGGCACUCCUUUUGCCUCAAAA